AUGGCCGUGGAUGACGAAGACCCGGGAGUUUGGCCCGUGGCAGUAGAGACCCUACCAGGACAAAAACUAAAAGGGAAUGAUGAAAUAUCCCGUUUCAUAGUCUAUCAUCUUCGACACAAGAUUUGUGAACAUGGUCAAAGAGGAAUCCACCCGUGGACUGACAUUCAAUACAUAGUGUGGAAACAGUUCGGAGAGUGGCUUCCCCAAAGGAAACUGCAAGAAAUUCUUGAAAAAGGGGGGAGAGUAACAAUGUCAGACGAAGGCGUAGGAGCUGUCUGUGGACACUCAAAAGGCGAAAACCCCGAGUAUGAAAGGUACGAAGGAAACGAACCGUUAUAUCACAUGACGCAAAAGAAUAAAAUAAUGAGUAUAUUGACCAAUGGACUGAAGAAAAAACAGAGAAGAUUUAUACACCUCACAAACGAUCCGAAGAAAAUUCGUGGAAAAAGGACGGAGCGGUUGAAGAUAUGGCCGACGGAAGAUCUGGGGAUCGUGAAAACACCGAAUUCAAAGAUAUUCUUAGCCCCGGAUACGAUACCGGUGGACAGGAUAAAACUGUUGACUCAUAAGCACCCGAUCGCAUGCAAUAAACAGUAA